AGAAGGUCAUUUUCACUUUUAGAAAUGAUGUUCCCUUCAAAACAGAAACAACACCCACAAAGUAAAGCAAACCCUAAAUCUGAAUGCAAGAACUGGGCGCCAAGUUAACAAACAAACAACCUUUUCUGGUCAUCUCAAAACCUUAAGCAGAGAAAGAGAAAAAGAGAGAAAUCACAGAUGCUAAGCAAGCUUAAUUAGGUGACUGAUAGCAACCCAUUUCCCAUCCUUUUACAGCACCAACUACCAUUUGAAAACUCAAUUCUAAUAUUCCUUCCUUAUUUGGCUUCAUUUUUCUCCCCCAGUUCAUCCUAUGCUAAACACAAAAUGCAGCUUCACAUAUCUCCAAGUUUAAGACAUGUCACUCUUCUCCCCACAAAAGGUGUUAAAGAUUUCAUCAAAGUUAAAGUUGCCUCCAGGAAGGUUUCCUAUCCUAUGAUCUUCUAUUCCCUCAUCUUCUUCACUUUUCUUAUCCGCUUCUUGUUCGUCUUAACCUCCAUUGAUAACAUAGAUGGCCAAACAAGAUGUUCAACUCUUGGAUGCCUAGGGAAGAAAACUAAACUUUUUCCCACAAAUUCUGAUAUUGCUAAAGUCCCAGAAGUAAUAUAUAAAAUUCUAGAGGAACCCGCAACUGAUAAUGAUAAUGACAAUGACGAUGAAAAGCCGCAAACAUUGGAGGAUUUUGUAGCGGAAAUGAAAAAAGAAAGAGCAGACGCAAGAACAUUUGCUAGCAGGCUAAGAGAUAUGGUAACUCAACUUGAGCAGAAUACGAGAAAAGCCAAAAUUCAAGAAUACCUAUAUCGACAUGUAGCAUCCAGCAGCAUUCCUAAACAGCUACAUUGUCUUGCUCUAAAGCUAGCUGAUGAGCAUUCCACAAACGCAAAAGCUCGUCUCCAGCUACCCUCAGCCCAAUUAGUUCCUUCUCUUGUUGAUAACUCGCUCUUCCAUUUUGUACUUGCUUCCGACAACAUUUUAGCAGCCUCUGUUGUGGUGAAAUCUCUUGUUCAAAAUUGUCUGAAUCCUAACAAAAUAGUAGUGCACAUAAUCACAGACAGGAAAACAUACUCUCCUAUGCAAGCAUGGUUCUCCUUGCACCCUUUGAAUCCAGCUAUUAUUGAAGUGAAGGGGUUGCAUCAUUUUGACUGGUUCACAAAAGGAAAGGUCCCUGUAUUGGAAGCUAUGGAGAAAGAUCAGAAACUCAGGUCACAAUUCAGAGGUGGGUCUUCUGCAAUUAUUGCAAACAACACUGAGAAACCUCGGAUCAUUGCUGCAAAGUUACAAGCACUUAGUCCAAAGUACAAUUCACUGAUGAACCAUAUAAGGAUACAUCUCCCUGAGCUGUUUCCGAGUCUUGAUAAAAUUGUAUUUCUAGACGACGACAUUGUGGUUCAAACUGAUCUUACACCACUGUGGGAUAUUGACAUGAAUGGAAAAGUAAAUGGAGCUGUGGAAACAUGCAGAGGAGAAGAUAAGUUUGUAAUGUCGAAGCGAUUCAAGAGCUAUUUGAACUUCUCACAUCCUUUGAUUGCUGAGAAUUUUAAUCCUAAUGAAUGUGCUUGGGCCUAUGGGAUGAACAUCUUUGAUCUAGAGGCAUGGAGGAAGACAAACAUAAGUCGCACCUAUCAUUACUGGCUCGAACAGAAUUUGAAGUCCGACUUGAGUUUGUGGCAGCUGGGGACAUUGCCGCCUGGUCUAAUUGCAUUUAAUGGUUAUUUACAUGUUAUUGAUUCGUUCUGGCACAUGCUAGGCCUAGGAUACCAAGAUAAUACAAGUAUGGAAGAUGCAGAAAGAGCUGGUGUAAUACAUUUCAAUGGAAGAGCAAAGCCAUGGCUAGAUAUAGCCUUCCCACAGUUUAAGUCACUUUGGACCAAGUAUGUGAACUUUACUGAUAAGUUCAUCAAGAGCUGUCAUAUUAGAGCAUCCUCAUAACAACUUUUUGUCAGUAAGAGCUGAGCCCAGUGAAGAAUGUUUGUACACGAUGAAGGAGAAAAGCUUCAUUCAUUUAAAAGUUGAUUUGUAAUACAUGAUUUAUAAUUUUAUUGAAGCCAAUACAUCACCAUUUA